UUGAAAUGCAUUUACAUUAGGACCUUGCAGCCUACAGUACAUAUCGACCUGUAACAUGAUUUGUUUUUGGGGAUAUGAUAAUGAAAGAAUAUCUGUUCCACUGAACUGACACCGUUUCGAGUUCAGUAUCCUACCUGCGUUGUCUUGAGCGAGACCAAUCGUUAUUUUCAUGCGUCUGGAUUGGUCGCCUGGCGUGUUUACAGAGUUAUGGGUGCAUUACAGUCGUUACCUGAUGAAUUCGAAUACAGAGAUCUAUCAGAGAAGACCGGCUUUUCCUUCGAGCAGAUUGGAAUCCUGCAUAAAAGAUUCAAGCAGUUGAGCCACAAUGAAGACACGCUGAGACGAGAUGACCUCAACACAAUUCCAGACCUGUCAUGCAAUCCGAUCCGAACCCAAAUUAUAGAGGCCUUCUUUGACAAAAGAAACUUCCAUCAGAAUGGUGAGGGGACUGUCCAGGAGAUCAGCUUUGAGGAGUUCCUGGUGGUCAUGUCCCACUUCAGACCUCCAGCACUGGACAUGACAGAGGAACAGAGAGAGAUUAUCAGGAGGGAAAAACUCCGCUUCCUGUUUAACAUGCACGACACAGACAAUGAUGGAACAAUCACUCUGGAGGAGUACCGACAUGUAGUGGAGGAGCUGCUGUCUCGGAGUGGAGCCCUGGGGAAGGAAACGGCUAAAGGCAUAGCAGACGCUGCCAUGCUGGAGGUAGCCAGUAUCUCCAUGGGUCACAUGGAACCAGAUGAGUUUUACGAGGGGAUCACUUUUGAACAUUUCCUAAAGAUACUGAAAGAUAUUGAGAUCGAGACAAGAAUGAACAUUCGCUUUUUGAAUAUGGACACGACGAACCUGUGCAAGUGAGGAUCUUCCACCUUUUUUAUUACUAUGCAGCACCAGCACUCUUUUAUGGUAUUUUAUUUAGUGGCCAGUUAGGGCACACUUUAAGCAGUGACGUGUGGUUGGUGUCUGGGUAAGCACUGGCUGUUAUCAAAGCCAGAUUUACUCACAAAUAAACCUUCAUGAAGCCCAAGUUCACCAUACAACAGAUAGCUCCAACAACCAGAAUGACACAGGCUAUUAACCAAAAUUGACAACAAUGUUCACCAAAUGUGACCAACCGGCUCGAUUCGGUCUUAUGUAUCAAAAUUUGAAAUGGUGUUUUUUA